UCAUACAUUCAUUGGACAUACUCUUGCAGGUAUCCACCUUCCAGUGAUAAUACUGUGUACUAAAUACAAUACACAUAUUAAACACAUUUUGUUAACAAGUAACAUCUACAUGAUUCCCGUGCCAAGAAACACAGUAAAACAGUACAAUAAAAUGUGCUAAACAUAACGUCAUUGGAAUCAAGACAAGUUUUGGAAUGUAAUAUUUUCGUUAAAGAAAUCGACUCCCUGCAGCGGAGCAUUUAACGUCAUCUCAAAGCGACGACCACAAGAAGGGAGGAUGAACCCAUGGGAUGAACAAACAAACUGAAGGCAAAUUAUGUGAAGAAUAUCGCUGUAGUUUUUUAGUUGAAAGAUUAGCAGUUUUAUGGUCUACUAGGUGAAAUGACUAAUUAACUGUCUGCUUGUAAUGCGCGCUCUCUGGACAUUUGACUGUCACUGUUUUAGCUAGCUAAACACGACUGUUGAUUUGUUGUAGUUAGCCUAGCUAGUAGCUAGUAGACUGUGGAGCCUUUGUAUUUAUCUAUGGGUUGAGCUGGCUGACCAUUCUUUUAAGAGGAAAUGACAACACUCACAAGGCAAGACCUGAACUUUGGACAAGUGGUCGCAGACAUUUUGUGUGAAUUUUUGGAAGUGGCUAUUCACCUCAUCCUCUAUGUUCGAGAGGUGUACCCCUCUGGAAUAUUCCAGAAGAGGAAAAAAUACAAUGUGCCAGUACAGAUGUCAUGCCACCCAGAGCUCAACCGAUACAUCCAGGAUACCCUCCACUGUGUUAAGCCUCUAAUUGAGAAGAAUGAUGCUGAGAAGGUGGUGGUAGUUAUCAUGGACAAAGAGCAUCACCCAGUAGAAAGAUUUGUCUUUGAGAUUUCGCAGCCUCCUCUGCUGUCAAUAAGCUCUGAAACGUUGCUGUCACAUGUGGAACAGCUACUGAGAGCAGUUAUCCUGAAGAUUAGCGUUUGUGAUGCUGUUUUGGAUAACAACCCACCAGGUUGUACGUUUACAGUACUAGUUCAUACAAGAGAGGCUGCCACACGCAACAUGGAGAAGGUACAGGUCAUCAAGGAUUUCCCAUGGAUAGUUGCUGAUGAACAGGAGGUCCAUAUGCAGGAGCCCAGACUCAUACCCCUGAAGACCAUGACCUCUGACAUCGUAAAGAUGCAGCUGUAUGUGGAAGAGAGAGCUCAGAAGGCAUCAUAACCUGAUAGACCACAGAGAAAAAAUCUAACAAGCAGUCAUAUGUAUUACUGUAUGUAUAAUGCAAAACAAAAUGCUGAAGAUUAAGUAUUACUUUAUAUCCUAAGGACAAUUCAAAUGCAAAAUUUAGAAUUCGGUGUGGUUUGAGCAAAAUGUCAAGGUCUCAAAGACAGAAAACCAGUCAUGAACAUGAUGAAAUUGUUUGGUUGAGCAUUUUUAUACACUUCUGGGAACCGUCAAUCGCAUGUCGGUGUUACAACAAAGUAACUGAGUAGAAUAAACAUUUAUGGGUUUACCUCAUGUAUUUUAUUUGUGCAAUGUCUCAAUGU